GGCACACUCCUUCCUCUCACCUGAUUGCAUUCAUCCACUUCAAUGGCGGCUGGUGAAGAGUUUGAUGAAGAACUGGUGUUGGAAAACUCUCCUUUGUACCAGUAUUUGCAGGAUGUGGGACACACUGACUUUGAAAUCUGUCCAACUUCAUCAUGGGCGGAAGAAUGCUCAUCAAAAGAGGAGCCAAAUGAACUGGAUAUCCCUGCCACGCCAACAAUAUUUUUAAUCAAUCUGUUCAGAUGUGACGCACUUCUGAAGCAGUUGGGACUUGAACCCAGGCCUUCUGGCUCAAAGGAAAGCCUUUUACAGAAGUGUGUUAAUGUUCUUCACAAAUGGAAUCCGUUCACUGGAACGAAAAUCAUUGAUUUAGAAUCAUUGGAUAUUGGAUUUCGACUGUGCACUCUGUACACCAUCCUGAAACAGGAAGUGCUUCUGCAGGAGGAUGUGGAGCUGAUUGACCUACUUGACCCCAGUAUCCUGCAAUCAACACAAGCCCAACAACACAAAAAUGGCUAUCUCCCAUCCAAGUGGUUAUGGAGAACUCUUAAUAUUUGGGAUAUUUCAGCAUUGGCUGUCCUUGCUAGUGCCUUAGUCGUGACCUCAAGCCAUUGUGAUACUUUCCCUUGGGGCCUUGUAGGAAUGGGUCUGUGUGGCCUCAGUCUUUAUAUGGUUUUCAGAAGCUUCAGUUUAUGGAGAACAGCCAUGCUCCAACGAUCCAUGAGAAAAUGCAACAGCAGUCUGGAAGAUAUAGUGGUGAAUAGCCACACUUUCACCAGUCUUGUCAGAAAAUCAAUUCGACAAAUUCAAGAGACAGAAGUCAUUUCAAGAGGAUUCACGUUAGUGACUGCUGCAUGUCCUGCCAGUAAGCUGGGGAACUCCAGGCAACAGCAAGGUCAGCAGCUCAUUGGCCUUCGGAGGGCAGUGUACAGAUCAGUGAGAUCCGCCUAUCGAGCUUCUCGAGUGGCUACCUGCCAGAUGCUGAAGUCCUAUCCUCUGAACUCUGAAAUUGAUAACGUGACUAAUUACCUCUCUGCAAUCCCAAUAAAUGAGCUUGGCAUGGGACUCGACAAAGACCUUGUGUCUGAGGAGGAGGCCCAGGAGCUGACAGAUUGUUACAGUCUCAAGGACUUAAAGGUACUGUUUCAGCUUUGGGUGGGUCAAAGCUCAGAGUUCUUCAGACGCCUGGCUUUGUUAUUAUCUCCAGUCCAGGCUGCACCCAAGUCCCAUAUUAAUGCUGAGCACUUGGCACACCAUGUCGUUGCAGAAGUAACCCAGAAUGUACCUCAUGUCCUUACAAGUUGCCUUGAAGAGUUGAAACACAGCUAUGACUUCCACAGAUACUGGCAGGUACAGCAACUAUCCAAUUUAGAACCAUCAAAUAAGACCAAACAACAAUCAAGGGAGCUGACGAAUGUAUACACCGUGAUGCGUAGCCUGCAGCUCCACCUUAAAGCGCUACUAAAUGAGGUUAUUUCUUUAGAGGAUUGUCUGGAAAAGUUCCAUGAAUCCCAGGAACAGGAUAAACUAACACAGGAAGUGUACCGUGAUCUGCAUCAGAAAUUUAAACUGAUUCAACCACAUAUGGAAGCAAGCAUAAAUUGCUGGGAUGAGACAAGUAAUCUGGUGGAUAAACUAGUACACACGUCUUUGGGCAGUAAAGGCAGACCUAUAGCACAGGACAAAAAUUUGCCUCCAACCUGGAAACCGUCAGCAAAGUCUGUUGUACAGAUCAAAGAUCAGGAUCCAGUCCCUGAAGAACAGGAACUUGAAGCUUACGUAGAAGAAUCUGAUGCAGAUGGAGAUUUCCGAGGGGGCUUGUUGAAAUACUUGUCACAAGAGGAACAAGAGAAGGAGAGGCAAGAGAGGGAGGAAUCCAGGAGAAUGCUUCAGGAGCUGAAAAGUGUGUUGGGGUUCAAGGCCUCCGAACUGGAGAGGCAAAAGUGGAAACAGCUACUCUUCAACGAUUAUGCUGCGCUGAAGACAGUUUCAUCUGCAGACAUUAUGCAGCUGGAGGCAGUCCCACUGGAAUGUCAGGAGGCAGACGCAAAUGUACAAGGCCAAAAAGUUUGUGAUGACAGCUCCCAAGGGGUAGAUGCCAAUCAACUAGACUGCUUGAUGGAUAACAAAGAAUGUUGCAGAGGAAGAGGUCCAGACUGCAUUGAUGUACAUCUGGAUGGUAGCAAAGAUGCUGUUCCAAGUGACACUAUCAGCACGGGUGGUGUAAGUGGAUGCUUGGUUUGCUGCUCAGAGACUGCAGACAGUUCCAUACAAAAGCAAGAAAAUUCACAGCCAGCUGCAUCUGAGCAGCUGCAGACAGCUGUUCAACAGGGACUUGCUGAAAGACAUGGGCCAGUUGUCCUCCAAUUUGCCUCAGCUCUUGCUGCACAGGUUGCUGCUCGCUCUUACAGUUUUGCUCAUUUAUCGGAACAGACUUUUGGGGAUGAUGAUGAGGAGGAGGAGGAGGAGGAGGAGGAGGAAGAUGAGAAUAUAGAUGUUAAAUGUGUAAAUUCUGGACCUCCAUAAAUGCAGAGUGAUUGGAACAUGCUAAGCUAUAUUUAAUACUCAAAAGCAGGUCAGAACUGUGAUGCAGAAAGUAUUUCGUGUAACAUGAUAGUGAAUAAUUUUGCUCAGUAAAGUGCGUAUUUUGUA